AUGCCAACUGAUUCAAACGAAAGGCCAAUUUCAUCAUCGACAACAGUAGUCAUACCGUCGAUGAGUACAAUUACAUCAAGUAUCAAUAAUAAAUCAUUACCAUCAAAUCAACCUCGAACACCACCAACACCUACUCGAUCAAAUUCUCCUUCACAAUCACUGAAUAAAUUAAAACGUUUUCUUAGCACAUUAUAUCAUUUUGGUUCGGAUAUAUCAAAUGAAGUAGGCGAACGUGUGCGAACAUUGAUAUUAGCUCUCGUUAAUAAUGCUUUAUCCGUGGAAGAAUUUCAUAGUAAAGUACAAGCGGCUACAAAUUUUCCAUUACGACCAUUUGCGUUACCAUUUUUAAAGUCAACAUUACCUCUUUUACAAAAAGAUCUUUCACAAUUAGCACAUCAUUCUAAACAAUCAACAAGUCAAUAUCUUGCUCAAAAUGAAGAUUUAAUCUUUUUAGCUCGUGAUGUACUUGAUAAAAGUAAUAAUCCAUCGAUUACGAAUUUUAAAGAACAAAUUAAUGAAAAGAAAAAAAGAAAAUUAUCUGAUGAUACAAAUGAAUUUGAUGAACGACCAUAUGCAACAAAACGUUCAUCAGUUACUAUAAAUCAUCGUUCAUUUAUUUCUUCGAAUAUAAGCAAUAAUUUACUAACAUCAACAUCAAUUCGACGUGAUAUUCGUGAUAAAGAACGAGCAUUUACUGCAUAUUUACGUCAAUAUGAAUCGGAUCUGAAAGAUGUUGGUAAUAAAAAUAAAGAAGAUGAAUGGAAAAAUGCAGAAAAUAUGCUCAAUUAUAUUCUUGAAAUGGUUACAAAAGCCAAACGAGUUAUAUUUAUGUUACAAGAGAAAGAUAAUCAUCUUCAUCGUGUUCUUGAAACAUGUGAUCUUGAAUGGCGACGAAGACAUGCAGAUUUAUUAACACAUACGGAAGUUCGUAUAAGUGAAGUUCGACGAAAAGCUGAAGAAACUGUUCUUGAAAUAAAACGUCAAUCUAUAAAUGAUUUACAAAAAGCAGUUUUACAAACGGAACAAAAAUCGAAUGAAAUUUUAGCUCGUGAACGUGAACAAUAUCAACGAUUAAAUCAAGAAUUAAAAACACAAACAUUUGAAGAAGCAUAUGCAGUAUUUAAUCGACAAGAAGAUGGACCAGAACAAUGUUGGCAUUGUGGUCGUAAAGCUAUUGAAACAUGUUCUGGCUGUAAUAUUGCUCGUUAUUGUGGUCAAUAUUGUCAGCAUCGUGAUUGGGAAUUACAUCAAAAAUUAUGUGGAUCUGAUUUAAAACGAAAAUUUAGUGAUAGUUCUUUAUUAUAUCGACGUUCUCAUUCAAAAUUUAAUAUUAAUAUUUCUUCAAAUCAUCAAAAAGAUGUUACACGAAAAAAUAGUGAUGCAACAACUACAUCAUAUUUAGACGUAUCAUCACCAUUGAUUGAUGAAACAAUAACAAUGAUUAAAUCAAAUGAUAAUAGUGAUAAUAAAUCUGAAAUCGAAAAAAUUGAAGUCAAUACUUCAAAGAGCGAAAAUAUUUAA